AGUUCGCGUGUAAACAACAUAAAAUCGCAGCUGCAACUGAGGGCAGCCAAGAUUCCGGAGUGUUUCGCCCAGAGCAACAAAGGGCCCCAUCCCGUGUGGCCCCAACGCGAGUUGUGUAAUUUUUUCGGUGACCCUUCUCCCAGCAGUAGCAGAGGCGUGCGCUGCAGGUUUUGCGUUGGAUUUUUUUAUUACGCGAGUGAUCUAACGUCACCUGGUGGGUCGUCUCGUUCCGGUCUCGCUAAAGGUUGUUUUGAUCGGUCGCGUUUGUGAGACACGGAGUGGCACUUCCGAUUCGAUUCCUUCCACGCCAGUAAAGCAAGUUACAAGCCAAGAUGCCCCAAUCCGACGGGGGUUACGUUUCGCUCGGUGGCGGCCCAAACUCGAUCUACAACUCGACCACCGAGCCGCAGUCCGGUUCGAAGUCGGUCAUGGAAACGGUGAAGCGCGUCAUCGGGACGGCCAUCGGGGCCCAGGACAAGCACGCGCUGCUGGAGCGCAAUGUGGCCGGAGCCCAGCCCUUCAUUGUUAGUGCCAGUACUAAUUUCAGAGACCGCGACAAAACCGGCAAAUCAACGAACGCCAGAAUGCCAUCCGCACCAGCACACACUGCCGAGGAAGCGCGCCUGCUUGGAGCGAUGCCGGUGGACCCGAUGGACGACAUUGAGCUGCGCUCGGUUCAGCUACAGUAUCCCAACCAACGCGGUUCGAUAGUUGGUUCAUGCGAUCUACGGCGCGUUCCGACGGACAAGGGCGACAUCCUGGUCGCGGUGCAGGGCGAUACAACGAAGCCAGCCAUCGUGACGUACCACGAUCUGGGAUUGAACUAUGCAUCGAGCUUCGCCGGGUUUUUCAACUUCCCUACGAUGCGCUCGCUGCUGGACAACUUCUGUGUGUACCACGUGAAUGCUCCUGGACAGGAGGAAGGAGCCCCAACGUUCCCGGAAGAUUACGUCUAUCCUACGUUCGACGAGCUCGGAUCGCAGCUGCAAUUUGUGAUGACACACUUCAACUUGAAAUCCAUCAUCGGAUUCGGCGUGGGCGCUGGCGCGAACAUCCUGGCCCGGUUUGCCUUGGCCAAUCCGGAUAAGGUUGGAGCGCUUUGCCUUAUCAACUGCAGUUCUACAGCAGCCGGUUGGAUCGAGUGGGGUUACCAGCUGCUGAACACGCGUAAUCUUCGCACCAAGGGCAUGACCCAGGGUGUGCUGGAUUAUUUGAUGUGGCAUCAUUUCGGUCGGAAUCCAGAGGAGCGCAAUCUGGAUUUAGUUCAGCUUUAUAAGAGCAAUUUUGAGCGUUCGAUAAACCCGGUUAACCUGGCCAUGCUGAUUGAUGCCUACAUCAAGCGUACGGAUUUGAACAUUGCCCGAACACCGUCGGGUUCGCCACAAACUUCUGCCCCGUCGUUGAAGAUGCCCGUGUUAAAUAUUACUGGCGCAUUAUCGCCCCACAUCGAUGAUACAGUAACGUUCAACGGCAGACUAAUCCCGGAGAAGACUAAUUGGAUGAAGAUAUCUGAUUGCGGUUUGGUUCUCGAGGAACAACCGGGCAAGCUGGCAGAGGCAUUCCGACUGUUCCUCCAGGGUGAAGGCUAUGCUUUUGCAGCUUUGCACAAAUUAGGCAAACUAUCACGCUCGAGUACGAUUGAAAGCUUAUCUCAGUAGAACAACGCGAUCCCGUUUGCAAAUUGGUCUUCCUCGAUCGAACUUCUUGCUUCCUUUAUGAGUAGCUCCAUGCAUUGGUAAAUCGUGAUUGGUAUCCUUUCUGUAAAGAUGCCUGGUGGUGAGAUCGUUUCCGACGUUUUAUCUCACAAAUUCAGAAAAAACUGAUUUAAAAAUGUUGUUCGUAUAAGCCCUGAAGGCACAUUAUAAUUGGUUAAAUAGCACCAAGGCCUAAGAAGAGAAUUGAGAGCAUAUGGUAUUGGCUAUCGUUAGAACAAUUAGUACAUUUACUGUAGAAUAGUAAUACCGUUCAUAGCGCACAUUUGGUGAGGUUACAUAUUUUGGUUUUAUGAAUGUUUGUUAUACAUAGAUCGGCCAAAUUUUACGAACCAAAGAUUGGCCUAAGAUUGUUUAACUAAUCAAUGAGCAACAAGCUAGUAAAGAAAGUUCAUGUGAAAAUUUACACGAUGAGUGAAAUAUUUCACUCUUUGUGCACGCAUCAGAACUGCUCGUUUCCUGUGCCAUCGCUUGGCAUUUUAGAUUUAAGGCUCAAUAGUUAGUUUAAGACAACAGUUUAGUUUAGAAUUGUAAGUAUCGGUAAACUGCUAAACGAAUCAUAGGAUACCGAUUUAGAAGAUCGCAUCCAUUUGAAUGUUUUCCGCUCGCCAAAAGAGCAAUAGUUAGUAAUGUUUUACAUGAAAUAUCAAUUUCCAUUUGUUUACCCAUUCAAUCACUUGCCGCACAAGAUUGUUUUUGUUUCACAACGCAACAGACGAACUCGUCAGAUACCAUAUGUUCGUGAUCUCGUUACAACACUGCAAGAAGGUUUCCAAUUCGCUAUUCUCGCGAGAUGAGAUGUGGAGCUUCCAUUUAUCACGCAGAUAGUGCCUUUCCGUAAUUCCGUUUGCACAAAGCAAGGAAUAGUUAGUAGUCGCUGGUACAUUUUUGUUUUACAAUGUAGCGUAGUCCUGCUUAAGAGCGAGCAUCGUAGACCAAUGCUUGAACCUCAUCCACCAUUCGAGUGCAAUCAAAUCCAAUGCAUCACGAUCUGGUGCACUAGCGUUCGCCAAAAUCAGUCAACCUUCCAGAGACAGCCUCAUGCUAAAUCUUUCGUGGAAUUCGUAAUUUCUCUCCACAGUUUCGAAGAAACUUCCGUCACCCACUAAAGCAAAGGCACCGGCCGGUCUGUAAACUUGGUCCCGUGCUUUAAAAUGCUUGUGCGCAGCCGAACGCGUUCGCUUAUCCAACUUUGGUUCCGUUUUCGUUCACGCUACCGCGCACCCAAAGCUGGCUCAGAAGCCAGCGUGCAAUCUACUGUUCUGCACACUUUCUCUGCUCGUCCGCUCGCAUCGCAACAUGCAGCAGUUGAGUUUCCAUUAAAUCUUACGUUUUCGCAAAUCGCAAUUUGUUUCUAUCAUGUUGAUCGCGCGCUGUCGUUAUGAUUUGUAUGAUUUCCCAGGAAUGUUUUGCAGUAAUGUGUAUCUUUGUUUUUAUGGUUAUCAUUUUGUGUUUUGUUGCAUUAAAAUUAUUGUACAUUGUAAACGAUAUGGAAUAAAUUA